AGCAAAGCAGUGCACUUAACGGCAAUUGACCAAGACAACAUGAGGAUUUUUCUUCUCUUGGUAGUCUUUGAGCUUUCUUGGGCUCAGUAUAACCCAAAUACAAAGCCUGGAAGGACAUCAAUUGUCCACCUAUUUGAAUGGCGUUGGGAUGACAUUGCUCUUGAAUGUGAGCGUUAUCUAGCACCUAAUGGAUUUGGCGGAGUUCAGAUCUCUCCUCCAAAUGAAAAUGUUGUUCUUACCAAUCCAUGGAGGCCGUGGUGGGAAAGAUACCAGCCCAUCAGUUAUAAGCUGUGUUCACGAUCUGGGAAUGAGAAUGAAUUCAAAGACAUGGUGACCAGAUGCAACAACGUUGGAGUAUUUAUUUAUGUGGAUGCUGUAGUCAACCACAUGUGUGGAGCUGCUGCUGGAUCUGGCACCCACUCUACUUGUGGAAGCUAUUUUGAUACAGGGACGCGAGAUUUUCCUGCUGUCCCAUACUCUGCCUGGGAUUUCAAUGAUGGGAAAUGCAAAACAGCAAGUGGAGACAUUGAAAAUUACAAUGAUCCUUACCAGGUUCGUGACUGUCGCCUCGUUAGUCUUCUUGAUCUUGCUCUAGAAAAGGACUAUGUGCGCUCCAAAGUUGCAGAAUAUAUGAACCAUCUGAUUGACAUUGGAGUAGCAGGAUUUCGAAUUGAUGCUUCCAAGCAUAUGUGGCCUGGGGACAUGAAAGCAUUUUUAGAUAAGCUAAAAAAUCUGAGCACUGAAUGGUUUCCUAAAGGGACAAGACCUUUCAUUUUCCAAGAGGUGAUUGAUUUGGGUGGAGAAGGGAUUACAGCCAGUGACUACUUUGGAAAUGGCCGAGUAACGGAAUUCAAAUAUAGUGCAAAACUAGGGACAGUCAUUCGCAAGUGGAAUGGAGAAAAGAUGGCUUAUUUAAAGAACUGGGGAGAAGGCUGGAGUUUUAUGCCUUCUGACAAAGCCCUUGUCUUUGUAGACAACCAUGAUAACCAGAGGGGGCAUGGUGCUGGUGGAUCUUCCAUUUUGACUUUCUGGGAUCCCAGGCUCUAUAAAAUGGGAGUUGGCUUCAUGCUUGCUCAUCCAUAUGGUUUUACACGUGUGAUGUCAAGUUUCCGCUGGCCGAGGUAUUUUGAGAAUGGAAAGGACAUUAAUGACUGGGUUGGACCUCCAAGCAAUAGCAAUGGGUCAAUUAAAUCUGUUACAAUUAAUCCAGACACUACCUGUGGCAAUGACUGGGUCUGUGAACAUCGAUGGCGUCAAAUAAGGAACAUGGUUAUUUUUCGCAAUGUUGUGGAUGGACAGCCAUUUACCAAUUGGUGGGACAAUUACAGCAAUCAAGUGGCAUUUGGCCGUGGCAACAAAGGAUUCAUUGUCUUUAAUAAUGAUGACUGGAACUUAUCUGAAACUUUGCAAACCGGCCUUCCAGCAGGCACUUACUGUGAUGUCAUUUCUGGGCAGAAGGAAGGCAAUGUCUGCAGUGGAAUUAAAAUCCAAGUCAAUGGUGAUGGCACUGCUUAUUUUCAGAUCAGCAACUAUGCUGAAGACCCCUUUGUUGCAAUUCAUGUCGGUGCUAAAUUAUAGCUCACGGAAGAGGAACCUUCAGUUUUGCUCUCCUAAACCAUUUCUGAGUGAGACAGAAUCGUUUUGGAAUCUGUCCAAAGAAUAAAUGGUUGCAAUGCUCGAA